AUCCAAACACCAAAGUGAAAAUCCAUUUUUUUCCCUCUUAUUAAUAGUAGUGAAACAAACUAAGAAAGAGCUUUAUACUCUCUUUUUUUUGUUUAGUAAAAAAAUGUCUAUCUUCAUGAAAAUUAUUAUUUUGUUUUGUUCUUUGAGCUUAGUUUCAUCCCAUCCACAAUCUUAUAAUGCAAUAUUUAGCUUUGGUGAUUCACUCGCCGACACCGGAAACUUCCUUCUCUCCGGCGCCAUGACUUUUCCGGUCAUCGGAAAACUUCCCUAUGGAGAAACGUUCUUCAAACAUGCCACCGGCCGGUGCUCAAAUGGAAGAUUAGUUAUUGACUUCUUUGCUGAGGCAUAUGGAUUGCCAUUGCUUCCACCUUAUUUGGCAUUGAAAAAGGGCAUAAAAGCAGAAAAUGGAGUGAAUUUUGCUUUUGCUGGAGCUACUGCUAUGGCUGCUGAAUAUUUCUAUAGUAAAAAUAUUAAAAUUUUAUGGACAAAUAUUUCUUUAACUCACCAAUUGGGAUGGUUCAAAGAAGUGAAGGCUAAUAUUUGUGUCACAAGAAAAGAUUGUAGAGAAUAUUUUAAAAAAUCACUCUUUAUAGUUGGAGAAAUUGGAGGAAAUGACUAUAACUACCCCUCCUUUCUUGGUGGAAGCAUUAAACAACUUAAAGUUCUUGUACCACUAGUUGUUGAAACCAUAAUUGGAGCAACAAGUGCAUUGAUAGAAGAAGGGGCAGUUGAAUUGAUAGUGCCUGGGAAUCUCCCAAUUGGUUGCUCAGCUGUGUUCUUAACCAUAUUUGGGACUACAAACAAAGAUGCAUAUGACAAAUAUGGAUGUUUAAAAGCCUAUAAUGCCUUCUCCAAAUAUCAUAAUGCUAAGUUAAAACUAGGAAUUGAGAAUUUAAGAAAAGAAUAUCCUCAUGCAAAGAUCAUAUAUGCUGAUUACUAUGGAGUUGCCAAGAGAUUGAUUCAUUCCCCAAAGCAUUAUGGAUUUUCCAAUACACUAGUAGCAUGUUGUGGAGGUGGAGGUCCAUACAACUUCAACAAUUCAGCAAGAUGUGGUCAUAUUGGCUCUAAGUCAUGUUUGGAUGCUUCAAGUUUUACAAAUUGGGAUGGAAUUCACUUAACAGAGGCAGCUUAUCACCACAUAGCCAAAGGAUUACUCAAUGGACCAUUCACUUCACCAUCUCUCACAUUUCCUCCCAUCAAACAAAUUUAAACCGAGUACGUAAGGUUGUGGGAUAUACUGAGUACGUUAUUAUUGUCAUAAUAAUAAUAUGUAAGAUUUUUCAUUUCCGUCGGAAUAUCGUUGGUUAUUUGGGAUUUUUCUAUAGAAGUACUCUGUCAGAAAUAUUUUCAUCUCUAAUACAAGGAAAGGUAGUAGUUUUUCCUUUCCUUGUUAAUCAUCAUGUGUGCAUUUUUAUUUGAUGUUACGUUGAUUGUUGGACUCACACAAGCCAUCAAAUACAAAUAUAUUAAACUUUGAA